AUGGCUCCAGAUUCCAAGAGACGCAAUGGCCAGGGCACAUCCGCAGAAAUCUCCCUGGUUCAUUUGAAGAACUGCUUGGUCAACCUCCCGGCGUCGUUGUGCUCGUUGCUAGUCAAUGUCAACACACCGGCCCAAAAUGUUGUCAUAGAGUUGAAUUACCGCGUGCCGGCUACUGCAGGCGCGAAUCAAGCCAACGGGGCACCCGCCACAAAAUCGGUAUACGUGGGAUGGACGGGCAUGCAGAGCAAGCGCAAGCUCGCUCCCAUAGUCAGCAGAGAUGGCAUAAGUGGCACACGAGGGAAUGCAAGCCGGGAACAGGAAGUGCCUCUCGUCGAGAUAGAUGCGGCCUUUGCGCGAACUCUGCGGUUAACAGACGGACAAAAAGUAACGGCAAGCGUGCACAUGGAUCCGCCCAUCGCCCACACCGUCCAUAUAGAGCCUUUGACCCCAGAUGAUUGGGAAAUCAUCGAACUACAUGCUAGUUAUCUGGAGCUCAAUCUUAUCUCACAAAUUCGGGCUUUGCCCAACCCGAGUUAUACGGCAACGUCAGGGCAAACGCCGGCACCCCACCCACUUACCCUUCAUUUGUCUCCGACAUCGACCGCGAACAUCACGAUUACGUCUUUGGUUCCAGCUCCACCGUCGAGUUCCCCCUUUGCAAAAUUGGGGCCUAAUGCCGAGGUUAUUGUUGCACCUAAGACUAGGUCGAAACAACGACGCUCUUCGGGAGAAAGCCGCAGCGUCACUUCAAAGAAAAGUGCUGGUGCUAGGAGUGGUGCAAGCACGGUGCGGCGGAAAAGCGGCAUUGAAGAAGCCCGACCAGCCAUGUUCUUUAGAGGGCUAUCCAGAGAUAUUUGUAAAGAUUGGUUCGACGAGGGCAAGGAUGCCGAAGACCAAGGACUGAGGGUAUGGGUGGACCGAGAUGUCCUGCUCUCUAAGGCAUUGAAAGGUGUUUCAUGGGUAUGUGUCACUGUGGUCAAACCUCCAAGCUUAGAGCCCCCUAUCGACCCACAGCGGGCACAGCAGGAGGCUGAGACUCUGCGGGAUGUGGGCAAGAUAGCCUCGAAGGUGGUGGCGAGGUUAUUGCCAUGGGAUGACCCCCCAGAUAGUCAGCACGUUGCACUAUCAUCUGCGCUCUGUGCAUCUAUGUCCUGCGAGGGCUUGGUUGGCGGUGUGGUAAAACUUGAGCCUGCCCCUUUACAAGCGGAAAAAUCAGUCGACAAGCCGGCGCCAAAGAGGCCCGAAGACUCUACUCAACUUGCCCCCAAACCCAAUGUUCAGAUCGUCAAGGUGUAUUCUUUUGCUGUAAGCACGGCUAAGGCUUCCGAAGGCCUCAAAUUCGGCGGUGAAACCAACGCUGAACGGGAAGAAGCCUCAAAGCGACUUUUGAAAAUAUACGGCAAACAGGGAGACUCCGGUGGCUUUUUUGAUGGCCCACUGACUUCUGGUAUGAUUCUGGGGCCACCCCCAUCCCCAAUAUCCGGGUGGGAGGGGGGAAUUAUUCGAUUUGAUCAUCGAACAUCGGAGUCUACAAACAAAACUUGCUCUUGGUUCAUGGGCUCCGAACGGAAAUUUACUAUUGAAGUCCAGCCUGCUGUACCAAAACCUUUAUCCCUCUCGGGCGGCUCCCUUGGCGAUCCCCUUCCACCAACCGCUCCCACACUUGUUGGGAUUGACAACCUCAUCACCCAACUGCAAUUGCACCUCUCGCAUAUGUCCUCCGUUUUGCUCACAGGAGCUCUUGGCUCCGGUAAAAGCUCCUUGGCAUAUCUCCUUGCACAUCGACUCCGGGCCAAUACCCUAUUUCAUACUACAUAUUUCUCUUGCCGAAAUCUUGUCAACCACGAAACCCAAGUUUCUGCAAUCAAAGAAACCUUUACCAGACUGUUUAUGGAUGCAUCUUGGGGUGCCCGACUUGGUGGCAAAUCUCUUCUGAUUUUGGAUGAUCUUGACAAGCUUUGUCCUGCUGAGACAGAACUCGAAGUUGGAAAUGACAACGGUCGUAGCCGCCAGAUCAGCGAAGGUGUUUGCAGCUUGGUACAGCAAUACUGCCAAAGAGAUAGCGGAGUGGUUCUCCUAGCCACGGCACAAGCAAAAGAAUCGUUGCACAACGUUGUCGUUGGUGGGCAUGUUGUGCGCGAGAUUGUGAGUUUGAAAGCUCCUAAUAAGGAGGCUAGAAGGAGGGUAAUGGAGAUGAUCGUCCGACAGAAUGCAACUGAUCCAGAUCCAAGUGGGCCUAAAUCACCAAUUGGCAGCCGUCCGACCACAGCAGAUGGCAGCGCAAGUGAAGAGGACGGUGGAUGGAUGGUUGGAUCAAGCGUGCCCAGCAGGGCUAGUUCAAAGAGCCAAGCACCUGGAUUUGUGAUAUCUCCUGAUCUUGAUUUUCUUGAUCUGGCCGGCGAAACGGACGGAUAUAUGCCUGGUGAUUUGGUGCUACUUGUUGGUCGCGCUCGAAGCGAAUCUUUAAUACGAUCAGUCUCUCAAUCUCCAAAGGAUUCUAAAACUGUGUCCAUCUACCUUACCCGAGGAGACUUCGAUAGCGCACUAAAAGGAUUUACACCUGCCUCACUUCGAAACGUCACACUCCAGACUAGCACCACGACGUUUGCAUCUAUUGGCGGAUUGCACGAAACGCGUAAGAUCCUUCUUGAGACACUCCAGUAUCCUACCACAUACGCUCCUAUAUUCGCUCAAUGCCCUCUUCGAUUGCGUUCUGGCCUCCUUCUUUACGGCUAUCCUGGAUGCGGCAAAACUAUGCUAGCCUCUGCCGUGGCAGGGGAAUGUGGCUUAAACUUCAUUUCCGUUAAAGGACCUGAAAUUCUUAAUAAGUAUAUCGGUGCUUCGGAGAAAUCAGUUCGAGAUCUCUUCGACCGUGCUGAGGCUGCCAGACCCUGUGUCCUCUUCUUUGAUGAAUUCGACUCAAUCGCACCUAAACGAGGACAUGAUUCAACUGGUGUCACUGACCGCGUUGUGAACCAAUUGCUCACCCAGAUGGAUGGUGCGGAGGGGUUAUCCGGAGUAUACGUGCUCGCUGCUACCUCACGACCUGACUUAAUUGACCCGGCGCUGUUGCGCCCUGGUAGAUUGGAUAAGAGCCUUAUUUGCGAUCUCCCCAAUCGUGAGGACAGAAUCGACAUCCUCCAAGCACUAGGGAAGAAGCUAAAGCUCAGCGAAGAAGUCAUCGAUGAGUUACCUGAAAUUGCCAGUAGGACAGAAGGAUAUAGUGGUGCUGAUCUUCAAGCUUUAAUAUACAACGCCCAUCUGGAAGCUAUCCACGAUGUUCUUGGAGACCAAAACCACACUGAAGUCGGCACAAAAAGCACCAACGGCGUUAAUGGAACUACCAUGAGGAAUAAAAACUUCGUACAAUUCCGCUAUGGAGAGGAAGAAGAUCGCGCCGAAGCUGAAGCAAGGGAAAAAGGAGGUCACAACAAAAGCAAGCUCAUUGCCGAGCGUGCCGCUAUUUCCACAAAACUGGACGAGAUAAAGGCGACGAAAAAACGAGCUAAGGCUGUCCAGCGAGGACAACUGGAAGGCAAAGGAAAGGAAAAAGAUCACAGAGAGGAGAAGGAGCAGCAGGAGGUGGUGAUUGCAUGGAAACAUAUCGAGAAGAGCAUUCAGACUACUAGGGCAAGCAUUAGUGCCCAGGACAGGGCAAGGCUAGCUGCUAUUUAUAACGAGUUUGUGGUGGGGAGAAAUGGCGAGAUGAAGAAUGGGGAGGGGACGAGGGAUGUUGGUGGGAGGACGACUCUUAUGUGA